AUGGAGCCAGGCGGAGGGGGAAGGGGGAGGGGGAGAAAAGGGGCGAGGGGGGGUAGAAGCGGUGGAGGCGCACGAGGGAGGAGAGGCAGUGCGAGGGGGGAGGCGGUGGGCGCGGUGGCGGAGGGGACUGCAGGGGCGUGGUGGGCGAUUGGGGGAGGCGCGGAGGGCGGCUAUGCGGAUGGGGGGGAAGCAGGAAGAAUCGCGGCUAGAGGAACGGGAUGGGGCGUGGGGGAGGGCGCGGAGGUCGGCGCAAGCGUGCGCGGAGCGGCAGUGGCAGCGCGGGAGGGCGGAGGGACGGGCGGAGGAGUGGGAGCGGUGGGUGGAGGAGGCGAAGCAGCGAAUGCAGCGGAGGGAUGGACAGGGGGAGGCGCGGAGGGGCGCGUAUCCCGCCGCAGGGGAGGCAGGGGGAGGGGUGCGGAAUGCGGAGCAGGCGGGAGUACGGUACGCGCAAGCGAGGGCGCGGGGAGGGGGAGGACGGGGGGUGGAACGGGGCAAGCGGACGGCAGUCGCGGGCGGGGGGUGGUGGCGCGCAGAGGGAGGGGCGCAGGUGUGGCGCGCGGACAGGAUUGGACGGGGACGGGCGCGCAUGCGCGUGGGAAUGCGCGGAUGAGAGGGGGAGACGCCGGCAGGGGGUGGGACGCGGACGGGGGAAUGGGGUACCUCGAUGGGCGGGUGAGUGGUGGAGAGGCAUUGGGAGCGGCGGGAUGGCAGCAGGGGCGUGUGGAUUGGGAGGAGUACGGAGGUGUAGCGAGGGGUAGGAGAGUGGAGAUGGCAUGGGGGGGUGAUGGCGAGGAGGAAGGGGAGCGGUGGGAUGGGGGGGGCGAGGAGUCAAACGCAAGGCAGCAGAUGGUGGGUGCAGGGCGCAUGCACCGUGACCAGCUGCUGCCCCACCCGCAGCACCAGCAGCAGCAGCAGCAGCGGCCGGAGGAGGAGGAGGAGCAAUGGCAGCAGCAGCAGCAGCAUCUUCAGCAGCAACGUCAGUAUGAGCAGCAAGAGCAGCUGGAGGGAAGGGGCGGCGAGGAGCAGUUUCGUGGUGCGGCUGGCGGGUGGGUGGAGGGUGGACGGCAGCAGGCAUGGCGGUUUGGCGGUGGAGUGGGCGGCGGUGGAGUGGGCGGCGGUGGGGAGGAGCUCGGGCGCACCGACGUGGGUGUGGGUGUGGACAGGGGGGGGGAUGGGGCUUGGGGGGAGUGGUACGAGGGGGAGGGUGGCGGAGCGGCAGAGGAGGAGUGGGAAGGAGACGGAGGGGAGGAGUGGGGGGGAGGGGGAGGGGAGGAGUGGGGGGGAGAGGGAGGGGAGGGGGAGGAGGACUAUGAGGUGGGGUAUGCUGCUGGCCUCGCUGCUGCUCGUGAGGCCCUCAGACAAGCCUCUGCCGCCAAUGCUGCUGCAGGUGCAGGUGUUGGUGCUGGCGGGGUGGCUGUUGGGGGUGCUGCUUCCAGGGGUGGGGCUGAGUGGGCAGCAGGCGGUGCGGCAGGAGGUGGCAUGGAUCUCAUGCUGCCUCACCACCCGCCCGCUGCAGCACCACGGAGCGCAGCAGCUGCCCUUCACACACCGGAUGCUUCUCAGGUGCCCACCGCAGCAGCAGCGACAGCAGGAGGUGGGGGAGCAGCAGGUGGGGGCGCAGGUGAGCAGGAAGAGGCAGGUGGCGGCGGCGGCAGUAGGCGGCGCGGCGGGGGAGGCGGGGGAGGCGGGGGAGGGAGUAGGAGCGGGCGGCGCAAGCACGUGGACGUGAGUGUGAAGCGCGACAUCUGUGAGCUGCGGCGCCUCCGCCCCGGCAUCACGGUGGGCGGCAUCAUGCGUGUGUGCCGCGCCAAGUACCCUCACAUGCGCCUCAUCCCCUCGCACGUGCGCCGCAUCCUCAACAAGGCGCCCCACUGGAGCUCCACCUUGGCGCAGCGCAGCAGCAAGCGAGUGCGUGCGCCUGAGAGCAUGGCGCUGGAGGAGGCGCUCGUGGCGUGGCUGAGGGACAUGAAGGGCGGCCCAGGCGCCACCAAGGUGCAGCUGCAGCAGAUCUGCGCCAAGGGCCGCCAGCUGGGGCUGUCGUUUGGGGUAUCGCCCUCCUUCAGGUACAGCAUCGGGUGGGCGUGUCGUUUCCAGGAGCGGUGGGGGUUCUCAAAGCGGCACCUGGAGGAGGAGAGGGAGGCGUACUUCAAUGAUGCCCCUGCCACUGCUGCUGCCGCUGCUGCCUGCAGUGCUGAGCCGUCAUUGGUGGAGCUGGCUGAUGAGAUCUUUGGCGCCCAGAUCCUGGUGGCGCGGACGGAUGGUGAUGAUGCGGAGGGGGAGGGGGAGUGGGAGGAGGGGGAAGAGGGGGAUGAGGAGGGCAGUGAGGAGGAUGAUGAGGACGAGGGUGAGGAGGAUGGAAGGGGUGGGGGUGGGAGGGGAGGAAGGGGAGGGAGGAGAGGGAGGGGAGGGAGGGGAGGGCGGGGAGUAGUGGGAAGGGGGCGUGGGAGGGGAGGUGCGUGGAAGGGAGGGAUGAGGGUGGUGGGACGGGAGACGUCACUGACUGCUGGCAGGGAGGUGAUCGACCUAGAGGGCGGUGAGGGGGGGGAGAGGGUCGAGGGGGGUGAGAGGGGCGACAGGCCGCAGCGGCGGCGGAGGGGCGAGGGCGGGUCAGAGGAGCAGACGCAGCAGGGCAGGGAGCAGGCAGGUGGGGGGGCAGGCGAGGAGGGCGAUGGAGGAGAGGCGGCAGCAGAGGCGGGUGGAUGGGCAGGAGGAGUAGACUUGCUGGCAGGCACGGCAAGAGGCGCAGCAAGGGAUCGGGCGAGGAAGAAGGCAGCAGGCAAGGCGGCACACUUGGUGCAGCCGAGUCGAGAGCUGCUGGCGCUGGCACUGGCAGAGGCUGGUGUGGACGGGGAGCAGGCGGGUGGCGGCAUGCAGGGAGCAGGUGGGUGUGACUCGGAUGAUGUAGCACGCACAUUGGCAGCAGAGGGAAUCAGACGGGCAGCUGCGCCAGCAGGGGCAGCGUGGCAGCAGCAGGAGACCUCCGCCUGGACGCCCGACGCCAGUGGUGGCCACGCCCACGGUGGUGAUGGUGGUAGGCGGCACGUGGAGUGGCAGCGUGCUGCAGGGAGGGAGAAGCAGGCGCCGGGUGGGAAGGGCAAGCACCGGGCGGCCAUCAGUCUGCGGGUGAAGCGAGUCAUCUGCAUGCUGAGGGCCGCCCGCCCCGACAUGCCGCCCAAAGACAUCCACCGCCUCAUGCACCGUGCCUUCGCUGCCGCCGCCCGCCAUCCUCAAGGCACUGCCCUUCCCUCUGCCGCCUCUGCCACCGCUGCUGCUGGCAGGGCAGCGAACUUGGCAGCGGGGGGAGUGGCGGCGGCGGGCGUGGAGGCGGCGGGAGUGGCGGCGCUGGACGUGGCGGCGGUGAGGCGCAUCCUGAGGAAGAGCCACGUGUACCUCGCCCUGCCCGCCCACAGCGCCACCCUCAUCCGCCACAGCAGCGGCGCCUACCCCCAGGUUCAGGCGGCUGUGGCGGCGUGGGUGCGCACCAUGGAGGCGCGGUACGGGCGAGAGGCCCUGCGGUGGGAUGACAUUUUGGACUAUGCCCGGCAGGUGGGGCCGCAGAUGGGCGUGAAGGAGGGGUUUCGGUACAGCUACCACUGGGCUCGCAAGGCGCUGCUGCGGCAUGGGCUGGGGAGUAACUGGGGCAAGCAGGUGGAGCGGGGCGGUGGGAAGAAGAAAGGGAAGGAAAGAGGAGAUGGGGGAGAGAUGUCGAUUGAUGGGCGGGCAGCGGGGGGAGAGGAGCAGCAGGAGGGGCCGCUGGACCGACUGCAGCGCCUGGCGGAGCAGUGGGCUGCUGAGGCACGCACGGCGGGGCAGGCGCAUGGGCACACAGGGGAGGGGGCGGGCGGCAGGCAGCGGCGGUGGCGCCACACGGUGGUGCCGCCCGCUGUGAAGCUCGCCAUGUGUGCCCUCGCCCGCACCCUCCCCUCCCUCCCCUCCAAGGCCAUCGCCCGCGCUGUUGGCGCCAGGUACGGCAUGAGGCUAACGAACGUGUCGCUGCCAGCGGUGCUGCUGAGGGAGGACGACUGGAGGCAGCUCGUGCAGCGCUCCCACACUGGCAGGCCGGGCGCCGUCAGACUCAGAGGCGCAGAGUCCCGGCUGGAGGAGGCUCUUGCGCUCGCAGUGAGGAAGGCUAUAGCGAGGAUGGAGGAGGACAGGCCAGCUGCAGGGGGCGAGCGGGGGGGUGAGGGAGGGAGCAGAGGGGGGCCAGGGGCGGAGCAGCAGCAGGUGUCAGUGAGGGCGGUGCAGGAGUAUGCGAGGCGGGUGGCGCCACUGGUGGGGGUGGGACGGGGAUUCACAUGCAGCGUGGGGUGGGUGCAGCAGUUCAUGCAGCGCUGGGGGUUCCACCCUCCUGGGGGCACUGCAGGAGGAGGUGGUGGGGCGAGGGGGCGAGGGGGCCGGCUGGGCGGGACAGAGGACGAAUUUGAAGAAGGGGGAGGGGAGGAGGGGGAGGAGAGUGAGGGGCAGGGAGGAGUGAGCGCGAGGAUAAGGGGGAUACUGGACGAGCGGUGUGAAGUGCGGCAGGAGGAGGUGGCAGCGCUGGUGGCGCUGGCAGAGGAGCAGCGGGAGAGGCGCGCUCAGAUCAAGGCGAGUGGCCGCCGGCUGACCGACGUGCGCGAGGAGGAGUGGAUAGAAGAGGGACGGCACGAUGGUGCUGGUGGGCGGGGCAGGGCGGCAGGGGAUGGGAUGGAGAGUGAUGGGGGGGAUGGGGGCGUGACUGGAGACAGCGAUGGCGCCUUGGACCACCCUGCUGGCUUCACUGGCCGGCGUGCGGGUGGCAUCGCCCAGGCCGCCCCUCAGCUGCAGUGUGCGUGGGCUGCCCUUGCCGCAGCCACGCCGUUCCCCAGGCAGCUCACAGCGCACCGCGCGGCAGAGGUGGGGCGGGCAUGGCACCGCCUUGAGAGGACCCGCGUGGUGGUGUGGGAGGGGGGUGCUGGGAGUGAGAGCAGUGAGAGUAUGAGCGUAGAGGAAAUUGGAGGGAUGGGCAGCAGCACGGAGGAGUGGGAGUCGAAGGAGGGCAUAGUUGGUGAGGUGGGAGGGAGGAGCGCAGGAGGGUGCAAGCCUGGUGAGCGAGGGAGGAAGAGGAGGAGGAGUGGGGACGAGCAGGAUGGUGUGGUGGCAUCAUGGGCCGGGGCAGCAGCAGCAGGGAGUGGGGCGGGCAUGGCAGCGAGGGGAGCAGCAGGCGGAGGGCAGUUGGCAGGAGGCGGGCAGGUGUCAGCGGGCAUGGCAGCACCGCUGCUGGCCCCGGACCUCAUAGUGGCGGCGGCCCUGCGAGCUGCUCUUGGUCCCCACCCCAUGCCGGCCCCGCCUGCUGCUCACGCCCUGCGCUUCCCGUUCCCCCACGCUGCGCCACCCGCCACCACCGCACUGCACUCCCUCGCACAGCUGCUUGCAUCUGCUGGCUUGCCGUCCGGCCUACUCCCUGUCGCCAGGCCAUACGGCCCUGCCUGGGGCCAGCAACUACUUACUGCCCCUCCCCCUUCCUCUCACCUUGCUCCCUCUCUCCCGACGCCACCUCCCCCCCGGUCGCUCACUGCGCUCCUCACUUCAAUCACGUCCAACCAACCGCCUCCCUUCACCACACCUGCACCUGCUCCCACCAAUGCCUCUAUGGCAGCACGAGCAGCUGCUACUGAACCUCGCGCAGCAGCAGCAGCCCGUGCGCGCAUUCACAAGCGCGCGCUCUGCCAGCGCACGGCACUAGCAGCGCGUGCACCCCACCAGCCCACGGCAACAGCAGCCCACGCGCACCCUGCCAGCAGGACACACGUGCAGCACCCGCACGCCCCGCUAGCCAGGGCGCGCCCCACUAGCAGGAGACAUGUGCAACCCUCGCACGCCCCGCUAGCCAGCGCGCGCCCUGCUAGCACGCCUCCUGCCCACUAA